UAAAUUCCUAGCCUUAGCAGCCUCAGAGAAGGUCAGUAUAAGAUGCAGAUGGAGAACCAUGGAGCAGAAGGAUAUCACUGCAGUUCCAUCUGUUUGGGUUUGUCGCCAGAGCUUUAGGCUCACGUCACUCUUUACUCUUAAUAAUUUUGUCAUCUCACGAUGGCGUCCUCUCUUUUGAAACCCACACUCAUUUUGGGUCUAUGGGCUGCAAGCUCCCUCGCGAUCCCCGCUCCAUCCUCGGAAAACUCAUAUGUGGCCAAGCGUGCAACUGCUGCACUCUCCUGCUGGGACAAUGCUAGCAAUGGUGAGAUCUUCACCGCCAAGAACGCGGACUGGGAGAUCGUCUGUGGCAAGGACUAUGUUGGUGGUGAUAUGGGCGCCUCUUGGCCCGCGUCCUUCGAGGAGUGCAUCAACGACUGUGACACUGUCCAAGGCUGUGUUGAUGUAUCCUUCGUGUGGCCCAACGCUUGCUACAAGAAGAACAAACUGAACGCUGUUAUUGACAACGCAUCUGUUUGGACUGCACGUAAGAAGGUUGCUGCGUCCAGCGACCCUACCAACACGCAGCCCCAAGCCCCGUCUGGCAAAGAUAUCACAUGUCAGGAUAAGGCCAGCGAUGGAGUCAAGUACACUUCCAAGAAGGGCAACUUUCUGAUCGAAUGCGGUGUUGAUCAUUAUGGUGGAGACAUGGGCUCUUCCAACGCCGAGACGUUUGCGGCCUGUAUCGAAGAUUGCGCGGCAACAGACGGCUGUGUUGACGUCAGCUACGUCUAUGGCACUUGUUACAAGAAGAAUGCACUGAACGAGGGCGGUGCUGCAGGACACGUGUGGUCGGCGAAGCUAAUUGCAGAGAGCACCGGCAAUACUGGCACCAGCACAUCGACUGACACCCCCAAGGCCACUGACACACCCAUUACAUGUUCCGCCAGCAACGGAAAGACUCUUUCAAUCACCUCUGGUGGCACCUACGAGAUCACCUGCGGCACUGACUACUACGGCGGCGACUUCAAGUCCCUCGAGACCAAGUCCUUCGACUUGUGCCUUGAAGCCUGUGACACGAACGACGCUUGUCAAGCUGUGUCCUACGUGGCUCCAUCAUGCUACCUUAAGAACGAAGUCACCAAGGGCGUUGCUGCCGCACACGUCUGGGGUGCACUCGUUAAGAAACCUGCAAAGGAUGCGUUUGCCUUUCCGACUGUGGUCAACAAGGACCUCGAGCCAGGCGCGACUGAGUCUGUCAUGGCCGAGGUCAUGACACUGCCUAGUCCACCUCUGGCUACCCUGGGCCCCGUUUCACCUCCAGGAAUCAACAUGGGCGGCCUUGGCGUCCUCACACCCGAGGAGAAGACAGCCCUGUGGUUCGGUGGCAGUGCCGAUGCUAUGAAGGACGACGAGUCUGGUGCUGUCACAGUCCGCCUCACGGUCGACUACAAGUACCCCUCCAUCAUCCUGGAUCAUUCCAUCUACAUCAAGAACGUCGAUUGUGCUAGUGGUAGCCUGCAAGCCAAGUUUGAUAACAUCAUUGCCUUCAGUCACGCUGCGGACACCUGGCCAGCAAAGGUCCCACUGCUUUUCAUCACCAGCGCCAAGAGCUGUGGUAACGGUGACCAAAACUCGUUCUGGCUUGCUCAGUCUAUCAAGUUCGACCAGAAUGCCAACACCUUCAGCGCUUCCGGUGCCACUGUAGAACUCGGAGACGUGUUCAACGAGAUGGACAUCGAUUUUGGAAAGAUCGAAAUGCAAAACAGCACUGUCAACAGCACUGCCUCGACUGAUACAAGUGCGUUGAGCUGUGGCAAGCCCGGCUCUCCUUUCCUGGAUGAUCUCCCCGCGGUCGCGUGUGGAACUUCCUUCGACAAAUCUCUCGACGAGCAACUCGGAUACUACGCUGCUAACGGCGAUGAUGAAGAGCAUGUCUUAGCGUCGGCCGGCGUGGAUUCUUCAGACAGCACCGGUGUUGCCGUCAGACGCGAUCUUGCUAAGCGAGGCUGGUUCAGCAGCAUUGCUAAGAAGGUUGUCUCGGUUGUAAAGCAGGCUGCUGUGGCCGUUGUCAAGCAGGUUGCACAGACCGUGGUCACAGUUGCGAAGGCUGCUGCAACGGUUGCCGUUGCCGUAGUCAAGACUACCGUCAAUGUUGGUAUCGCCCUGGCUGUCAAUGUUGCCAAACUUGCAGUAUUCAUCGUCACUGGCGACUAUGAUAACUCCCUCGUUCUGCCAAUCGAUCUGACAGGCACUUCACUGUCCAAGACCACCCCCUGGGAUGAUACUACAGGUUUCAAGUUCUACGACUACCGUCCCGAGCGCGAGGGUGCGAAAUGGAAGGCCUCCAAGAUCAACCUUGCGAGGGUUGCUACCGAAUUCAAGCUUCUUCCCGGCGAGAAGGACCCAGAGCCAGGUAUUGAGCUUUGGUGUGUCGACUGCGGUGUCAAGGGUAAGUUCAUCGCAAAGGGCUCUAUCAGCGCUACGCCCCUCUCCGGUCUCAAGAAGGCGCAGGUCGGUGUCAGUGGUAACAUGUAUGUCGGCGCCUUCUUGGGUGUCAACGCUUUCACCAAGUACGAGAAGACCAUUCGUAAGGAUCUGUUCGUGAAGGGCCUGCCCGGAUGGGAGAUUCCCAAGAUCGUUUCUCUUGGUCCCCGUGUGAUCCUCGGUGCUCAGGCAACAUUCAGCAUUGAGGCAGAGGGCCAACUUCUCACCGGAGCUAGCAUGAACUGGCCUGCAUUUGAGGCAACUCUGGACUUUGUCGAUUCGAAGAAGUCAACUCAGUCUGGAUGGGUCCCGCAAGUUACCAGGAAGUUCGAUGCCCAUGGCGAGCUCACUGCUACAGCUGCUCUCGGUCUUCCCGUUACGCUGAGUUUCGGCAUCAACAUCCUGGACGGCAGAUUCGAGAAAGCGGUCAAUCUGACUGAUAUCCCUGCCAUUACAGCCGAGGCGAAGCUCGAGUUUGACGUUGGCACUUCCAAGAACCAGUUCGGAGGCGACGACUGCCAGGGCAUUGCUUGGGAUAUCGCUCUCACCAACGAACUCCGCAUUGAUAUUCCCGACUCCGAGGGCUGGAAGUUGGGUCAGUGGAAGCCUGCCACGCUCGCUAAGGGCUGCAUUGGUCGCACCCGUCCUGAGGAACCCGCGUCGUCAUCGUCGGCUCUCCCAUCAUCCACCACUCCCGCAACUUCUACAACCCCCACGCCUACGCCUACACCCACACCUACCGGACUAUCAUGCCCGAGUGCGGACGGUAAGAAGUUCACCGACAACGGCAGCAGCCAUAAAGAAUACACCAUCGUCUGUAACAAGGACGCUGCUGGUGCCGACCUCACCUGGGGCUACCGGGACUCGUUCGAGUCGUGUAUGAACUGGUGUGGCACAAGCACACAGUGCGUUGGUAUUGUCUAUGCACCAAAGCGCACCGAUGGCGUUACCUGCUGGUUGAAGAACGGUUACCCGACGAUGUACAACAAUCCUUCCCCAUUGACUGAUCCAAUCCACAGCGCCAUGACUGUUCAACCUGUACUCUCCAUCAUUAGCAUGUUCUAUGCCGACCGAGACAUCACCUCAUACGCUAGGCAGAAUGUUGCCCGCGGAACGCAGCUUGUCAUUGACACGAACAACAUUGUGGGCUGGGCCAAUGGCGAUCCAUGGCCUGGUAAUCAGAAGAGUAUCUCUAUGCUCUUCAGUUACGGCACAGAGCUACGCACGUUUGUGGUUCAAGGUGGCGUGGGGACCAUUGUUCUCAACCCGGGUCCCGCUUCUUCCCAGCCCUACGUCCAAGUCGUUCCUGGCUACGAGUCGAUGUCUGGCGUCUCCAACAUCAACAUCGUUGCCGUUGUAUACGGUCGCAAUCAGAUCACGUCUCGCAGUGUAUACCAGAACAUGUACAACUCAAUCCGAAACGCAGGUGGACGAUGGCAAUAUACCAACGAAAACUUCCAGGCGGAUACUUGGGUCGGCAUCGGCAAGACUGGUGUGAUCUGGUACAAGAACACCGACAAUGGCUACUUCGUUGCGAACCCUGCUCGCGAAGGCAACUACAAUUUCUUCCGCGAUGGCCGCUGGAGCAAGCGUCAGGAGCUUCCGGAGUCUGCGUCCGGAUCGGAGCCUGCUCAGGUUACCCCCACAGAUGCACCUGCAUCAACACCUAUCGGAGUCAGCUCAGCACAGAACACACCUGAUCCCGUGGUUCCCGAUUCUUCGAGCGAGACCCCAGCUACUACACCAGCCGCUAGCUCUGUUUCCGAGGCUUCGUCGGCGUCCUCAGCCACUCCCUCCGCUUCCUCUUUCCCCCAGCUUACUGUCAGCAACUCAACCGCCAACGCAACCUCGAACGCGACUGAUGUCACCUUCGCCAACUUCGAGAUUGUGGACACAACCAACUCUCUUAAGCUCAACCCCAGCAAAGACGGCAACCUUUUCCUUUCCCUUGUCGGCGAUUCAACCGAUAUCUCGAACCUGACUUCCGGCUCCUUCAACGGUGAUUCUGCCUCCAAGACAGUCAUUGGCGACUCCGCCGACCGCUACCUGCACUACUACCCCGACGUGCUCGCCUCCUCUGGUGCAUCGCGUCUGCGCCUUGCGGAGUGGAAGAAGCUGCCCAAGGGCGCAAAGCUGAUCACGCUCUCGCAGGUCGAAGUUGAGGGAGAGAAGAUGAUGCUGGGUAUUGAUACCAAGGGCAACUACCUCUGGCCGUUUGUCUGCGGUAUCAAGUCUCAGCUGAACAAGAUCUUCCUGGUCAAGGAUCCCGUCAAUGGCGCUGCAGCGCUACAGAAAGACAACAUGAAGUUCACUGUCACUGGUGGUGAGGCUUAUAGCUGUGAGCCGGUGGCACUGAUGGUCAAGGUGUAGUGGGGGUGAUAGAAUCGAUUACAACAGUGUAUACACGCUUUUCCUAAUCCAUAAUCAAUAAUAU